UAAAAAGAGUUACGUCAUAUUAAGAUUAAACAUGGCGAAUGUUGGAGAGGAUUGUUGUUACGCCCGAGGAGGAGAAUGUGGUGUUAUUAUAUGUUAACAUUUAAAAAACGAUUGUAUUUUCAGUAAUUGUAUAUAUAAAUGAUUCAUUAAAUCACUGACCUUGAGUUUUAGCUGUUCAUCAACGAAAUAUGGCAUCAGAUAAAGUUAAGGUGGCUGUUCGUGUCCGGCCGCUAAGUCGACGAGAGAUGGAGUUGGAGACACACUGUGUGGUUGAAAUGAAAGAAGGGCAGACUAUUCUCAAACAUCCUACGUGUAGCAAAGCUGAAAGCCAUAGGAAACAACCGAAGACAUUUGCCUUUGACCACUGUUUUUGGUCUUAUAAAGAAACAGACCUUCAUUAUGCCAAUCAGGGUGAUGUGUACCAACAUCUGGGCUCAGACAUUCUUCAGAAUGCAUUCCAAGGUUAUAAUGCAUGUAUAUUUGCUUAUGGCCAAACAGGUUCUGGAAAGUCCUAUACCAUGAUGGGUUCAGAAGAAAACAAGGGUUUAAUACCUCGUCUUUGUGAUGAUCUGUUUGGGAGGAUAGCUUGUAACACAAAUUCUAGUCUCUCCUAUAAGGUAGAGGUUUCAUACAUGGAGAUUUAUAAUGAAAAAGUACAUGAUCUCCUGGAUCCUAAAGGGACAAGACAGAGCCUGAAAGUGAGGGAACAUAAUAUCCUUGGUCCAUAUGUGGAUGGACUUUCUACCUUAGCAGUCUCGUCCUAUCAGGACAUCAGCAGCUUAAUGACAGAAGGAAACAAGUCUAGAACAGUGGCUGCAACAAAUAUGAAUAGUGAAUCUAGUCGAUCUCAUGCUGUAUUUAACAUUACUCUGACUUGUUUAUUGACUGAUAUUCAGUCUGGGAUUACCGGAGAAAAGGUGUCCAAAAUGAGCUUAGUUGACUUAGCUGGGAGUGAGAGAGCAGUAAAGUCUGGGGCUGUAGGGGAAAGAUUGAAAGAAGGGUCAAAUAUUAAUAAAUCCCUCACAACAUUAGGCCUGGUCAUGUCCAAAUUAGCUGACCAAUCAUCAGGAAAGGCAAAAGAUAAAUUUGUACCCUAUCGUGAUUCUGUCCUUACAUGGCUGUUAAAAGACAACUUAGGAGGAAACAGUAAAACAGUAAUGGUUGCCACCAUUAGUCCAGCAGCUGAUAACUAUGAUGAAACACUUUCAACUCUUCGCUAUGCAGACAGAGCCAAGCGCAUUGUUAACCAUGCUGUUAUCAAUGAAGAUCCUAAUGCUAGAAUCAUCAGAGAACUACGAGAAGAAGUGGAGCAAUUGCGAGAACAACUGAAGCAUGCAACACAACGAGAAGGUUUGUACGAAAGAUUGAAGGAAUCAGAAAAACUAGUUCAAGAAAUGUCUGAAACUUGGGAAGAGAAACUUGUUAAGACUGAAAAAAUCCAGCAAGAAAGACAGCAAGCUUUAGAGAAGAUGGGAAUAUCUGUGCAAGCAUCAGGUAUCAAGGUGGAAAAAGACAAGUACUAUUUGGUGAACUUGAAUGCAGACCCCUCACUUAAUGAACUGUUGGUAUAUUAUCUGAAGGACAGAACACUUGUAGGUCGACCUGAUGCCCCGCUUGAACAGGACAUUCAAUUGUCAGGGCUAGGUAUCAUGCCAGAGCAUUGUGUCAUUACUGUUGAGGAGAAUCAGGAGGUUUUUAUAAACCCAUUAGAGGGAGCCAGGACUUGUGUUAAUGGGUCUGUAAUAACAGAAAACACACAGCUAAGACAUGGUGACAGGGUUUUGUGGGGAAAUAACCAUUUCUUUAGGGUCAAUUGUCCAAAGGCUACAACUUGUGCUAGUCCUGAUGUCCCAGAGAGACCUAUUGACUAUGAGUUUGCUCGAGAAGAACUUAUGAUGAAUGAAUUGAGUAAUGAUCCAAUACAAACAGCUAUGGAAGCACUAGAAAGACAACAUGAAGAAGAUAAACACAAUGCACUUCAAAAACAACGACAAAUGUAUGAGAAACAGUUACAAAUGUUACGAAACCAGAUGUCUCCUAGCACACCCUAUUCUUCAUAUUCACCCUUUGACCCUUUAGGAUUAGGCAAAAUGACUCCUACUGGCUCCAACUCUAGCGUGCAAUCCAGGAUGGAAAGAUGGGCAAAAGAGAGGGAUGAAGUUUUUAAAGUAAGCCUGGCUAAACUCAGAGAAGACAUUGUUAAAGCCAAUGCUUUGGUGAGAGAAGCUAAUUUUUUAGCAGUUGAAAUGGGCAAACAAACUGAGUUCAAAGUAACCCUGCAAAUCCCAGCAGCAAACCUUAGCCCUAACCGAAAGCGAGGGGCUUUUGUAAGUGAACCAGCAAUUCUUGUGAAAAGAAUCAAUAAAUCAAAACAGAUAUGGUCAAUGGAGAAGCUGGAGAAUAAGUUGAUAGACAUGAGAGAUAUGUACGAAGAAAGAAAAGAAAAACAGCUACUUUUAAAGGAUGAAACCUCACUGAACAGAAUGGACCCAUUCUAUGAAACUCAGGAAAAUCAUAAUCUGAUUGGUGUUGGUAACAUCUUCUUAGAAGUUCUCUUCCAUGAUGUUACACUUGACUAUCAUGUUCCAAUAAUCAGUCAACAAGGAGAGGUUGCUGGACGACUUCAUGUACAGCUUGGUAGAAUAGCAGGUAAUAUACCAGAAAGAAUAGGAGAUGCUGGUUCAUCAGAAGGAAGUGGGGAUAGAGACAGUGUUAGAGGAUCCUUAUUGGAUGUUAGUACAAUCAGUGAAGAUGGGGAGGACUUCACCUCAAAAAGACAAAUUGUUGUCAGAGUAGCCAUAAAGUCAGCAUCAGGACUUCCACCAUCUUUGUCUAACUUUGUCUUCUGCCAGUAUACUUUCUGGGGCCAUCCACACUCUAUUGCUGUACCUCCUAUUGUGUACCCUGACCAACCCAUUUUUCAGAAAGGCAGAGAGAAAAUAAUGUUUGUAUUUGAACAUGAAAAGGAGUUCACUGUCAACCUAACAGAAGAAUUUGUCGAACACUGUGUUGAAGGAGCUUUGUCUGUUGAGGUCUGGGGGCAUCGUAGUGGUGGCUUUAACUCUGUCAAGACAGGUUGGGAAGUAGAUGCUCAGUUACAGAGGUCAAGGACACUUCUAGACAGGUGGGCAGAACUGACCAGAAAGAUAGAGUUUUGGGUGGAAAUUCAUGAGUUAAAUGACCAGGGAGAGUAUACACCUGUAGAAGUGCUGUGUAAACCUGACAUGAUAGCUGGAGGGGUUUUUCAGCUUAGGCAGGGUCAGCAGAGAAGGAUACUUGUUACUGUAAAACCAGUCCAGGACUCUGGGACAUUGCCUAUUAUUUGUGAAACAAUCACCAAUAUUUAUAUUGGCUGUGUAUGUGCACGAUCCAAGCUUCAGAAAGCCCUCGACUCCUACCAAGAAGAAGACUUGUCUCUGCUGCGAGAAAAGUGGUCAGAUGCACUGAUGAGACGAAGAGAGUACUUAGAUGAUCAGAUCCAAAAACUCAUAAACAAGAAAGAUAAAACAGAGCAAGAUGUUGAACGAGAGCAAAGUCUUAUUGAUCAGUGGGUUUCUCUUACUGAAGAAAGAAAUGCUGUUCUAGUCCCAGCACCUGGAUCUGAAAUACCUGGAGCACCAGCAGAUUGGGAACCACCACUAGGUAUGGAACAACACAUCCCAGUCAUCUUUCUUGAUCUAAAUGCUGAUGAUCUGAGUACGACAAAUGCUGAUGAAAAUGGUAUACAGAUAGCUGGAAGUAACUCUAUCCUUCCAAAAGAACAUGGUAGUAAGAUGUUUAACCUGCCCAUUCUAAAACACUUUCAGAAAGAGGUUUCAGCAGUUGCUGCCUGGGACUCAUCUAUUCAUGAUUCGAUCUUCCUAAAUCGAGUAACACCUCAGAACGAGCGGGUUUACUUAAUCUUAAAGGUCACUGUGCGAUUGAGCCAUCCUGCUACUAUGGACAUUAUUUUGAGGAAACGGCUGGCCAUCAAUGUUUACAAGAGACAAUCUAUUAUGGACCGAAUGAAGAAAAGGAUAAGUAGACAAGAUCUCUUAUUUUCAUCAGGAGUAAUCUAUGAAGUGGUAUCUAAUGUUCCCAAGGCAUCUGAGGACCCUGAAGACAGAGAAACACUUGCUUUGAUGGCAGCUUCUGGUGAAGAUGUGGCUACUAAUGAUGGUGAGAGUUACAUUGAAAAAUACACAAGAGGAGUUUCUGCUCUGGAGAGUAUUCUUACUUUAGAUCGACUGAGACAGGAAGUGGCAGUGAAAGAGCUACUUGCAUCUCAGGGUCGACCAUUGAGGAAAACUGCCAGUGUUCCUAACAUUGCUCAGAAACAACUCGUGAAAAUGGAACUCAGUUAUUCUACAUUGGAGGAACAAUUCCGAGCAGACUCGGCUAUUGACCUCUCAACCAGUUCUGUUAAUGACUCAUUAGAACGAUACAAGUGCAAAUCAACAUUCUUUAGGGAGCUCAGUAAAAAGGAAAUUAAGUCACCUCCAGGGCUUUCUAAUAUCAAUACAGAAGGAAGUCCUUUUGGACUAACCCGUCCAAACUUUCUGAAUCUUCCUUUCAGUCUGAAUUUAAGCCUUCGCCAGGAAACAAAUUCUAAAUCCUCGCCAUUGAGUGGAAUUAGUCCCCAGGUUACAAAACUUGUUAAGCCUAUGAGGACACUUAUUGAAGAGCAGAGUCAUAAAGAAGCUCAUCCCUUGCUGAACUUAGAGGAGUCAGAGGAUUCGGGAGGUGAAGAAAGAAAGCAGGAAAAAAUAAAUGAUAAAUUAAAUGCAACAAAAGAUGAAGAGUUCAUAGAAAUUGAAUCUCUUCAAGAUUUGAAAAAUGAAUCAGCUAAUGAAUUGGUAAGCCGUCCUAUGUCAGAAUACAUAGCUGCUGAUUCCUGCCAUCUUAAGGAAGAAGACUUUAAAGUAGGCAGUAAAAUGCAACAUUCGGUUACAGAAGAUAGUCUAACAGAUUUUCAAAUGAAGGCUGGAACACCAAGUGUCAUGUCCAGUGGCUAUGAUUCUCAGGCAUUAUCCACAUCUCCAAUAUCCAGUGAAGAUUCUGUAUCGUUGCACAGUGUGAGUGUAGAGGAGACUCCUGAGAGUGAUUCAAAACCCUUUAUUGGUAUUGAGAAACCAGAAUUAGAGGACAGAGAAGAAUGCUCAUAUCAACCAUUGUCAGAUAUCACAGAAUCUACUACCACUGUUGUGAAACCACAGACUACCUUUGUAAGUUUGAAACCCUCUGUUGUUUUAGAAGACAGGCAUUUAGCCACUUUUGACAAGUCAGUAUUUGAAACUGAUAAAGUUUAUCCAGAUUUGCAGUCUGCUCAAAGUGACCAUAAACCAAUUCAAGAAGGUCCUGUGGAACUGUCCAUGCUUAUCAAGGAUUUUGAGGUAAAUUUUGUUCAGCAAAAAACAGUUAAGGAAAAAGAUGAAGAACGAAAUAAAACUGAGGUCCUUGAAGAUACUUUUUUAGAGGCACAAGAAAAUAUAAGUAUAUCUACUAGAAAGGUUGAACAUGAAACUGAUGUUGAACAAAUUAUUGAAGAACCUAUUAUAAAAGAAGAACAUUGUGCUGUAGAACAAAAGGGUAUUUUACAGGAAACUAAUCAACCAAAUGAUGAAGAAAUAGUUGCUGACAAAGGAAAUUUAAAUAGUGAAGAUGUUAUUAAAAAGCAGUUUACUGAGUCUGAGCUUUAUUAUGAAGUUCUGGGUGACACAAAUGGAAACAACAAUUUUCCUGAUGUUCUAGUUAAUCAUGAAAAUAUGACUAACAAACAGACUUCACAGGUUAGAAGUAUCCAGGAUUCAGUUAUGGAUUCAAGAAACAACAGUACAUAUGCCAAACAGUCUUAUGGUACAUGCCAUGUUCAGCGAAGAUUGAAAAACAAUAAACAGUACUUUGAACAUCGGGCAUCCUACCCUGCAACAGCUUUUCAGUCUAGUCAACAUACCUUACCAAACCUUUCUUUCCAAAUGUCAAGAGAUGAUAUUGAGGAUGCAGACUGGUCAUUGUUUAAAAACAGUACUUCAGAAGACCUAGACCAAGACGACAGUGUCAGUACAAAUACAUAUGAGGGUCGAGCAGAUCAUUUUACUAGCAAUGAUGUAACUUUACCUGCAUGGUUGACUGUAGGAGAAAGUGUUAUGAUCAGUCCUUAUAACAAGACAGGAGUUGUAGCUUUCCUGGGAGCAACUGUAUUUGCUCCUGGUGUGUGGGCUGGGGUUGAAUUAGAUACACCCACAGGCAAAAAUGAUGGGUCAGUAGAUGGAGUAAGGUAUUUCCAGUGUAAGCCUCGUUUUGGUAUCUUUGUUCGCCCAGACAAGCUGAACAUCGAUAAACGUGGAAGAGCUGUCAGAGCAUCUCGCCAGGCUGGAACCAGUAAUUUGAAGCGAUCAGGCAGUAGGGAAAGUUUCUCUUCUUCCUCUAGUCUUCACCAUAGUCGAAGUCGAGGAGAAGGGUUACAGAAUAUAAGGAGUUCCAGUACCAACUUGUACCAGCCUCGAAGCAGAGGAGAGUGUUUGGGUAAGAUUUAUGUUGAAUCCAGAGAAUAUGGAAGAAUGAGACAGCCCCAUGGUAGAGAUGAAGGUCUUUCGGAGAGUGUGUCAAAAAGUCGAACGCUGAAUCUUAAAGGUCGAAAGUAUUAAAUUCCAAAUGUUUUAUUGUGUAAAGUUUAACUGAGAGACAAGAAGAGAGAAGAACUUUUUAAUAACAAGUUUUGAAUAUUGGAAGUUCUGUAUAGUUUGUUGUCUGCUGGAUCUUAAUUUUUACAUGUUAUUAUUACUACACUUGGUAUAAUCAUUUUAACUCUUACCUCCAUAAAUAUUCUUGUAUUGUGCAAAUGUUCCAUAGACCACAAUGCUAGAGAAACAGUGUACUUUAAUUAUUGUAGCUGCUAUAUUAUGAUGUAUUUUAUUUUGUAGAACUUAUAUUAACAUAGUUUAUCUAGAAAAAUUAAUUUUUCUUUCAGCUAUGUUUGCUAUUGAAAAUGUUAGUGUUUAUUAAAACUGUGGCAUGUUCAGUUUAAUUACAAAAG